CUCAUCUCCACUCAUCAUUUCUCAACACAAAAACAAAUAAUCAAACACAUUUUGAGAUGGCACCCAAGGGAGAGAAGAAGCCAGCAGAGAAGAAGCCCGCUGAGGCCGCCAAAACCCCGGCAGAGAAGAAGCCGAAAGCCGGAAAGAAGCUCCCGAAAGACGCGGCUGCCAGCGGAGCCGACAAGAAGAAGAAGCGGAGCAAGAAGAGCGUGGAGACCUACAAGAUCUACAUCUUCAAGGUGCUGAAGCAAGUUCAUCCUGAUAUCGGGAUAUCGAGCAAGGCAAUGGGGAUCAUGAACAGCUUUAUCAAUGACAUUUUUGAGAAAUUGGCUGGUGAGGCCUCCAAAUUGGCCAGGUACAAUAAGAAGCCGACGAUCACAUCGAGGGAAAUUCAGACCGCUGUGAGAUUGGUGUUGCCCGGGGAAUUGGCGAAGCAUGCGGUUUCUGAGGGGACUAAGGCGGUUACUAAGUUUACUAGCGGUUAGGUUGUUAUGGUUUGUGUUAUGUAAAGAGAUGAAUUGGUGUUAUGUUUGUAGAUUGUAAUUUGGUUACAAGUUUAUGAAUCAAGUGGUUAUUUCAAAA